AUUUGUCCCCUGUGUGUGAGAGAGAGGGAGAGAGAGCGGGUGCGCGCGCGGGACUCCACGCACACGCGCGACCGCGUACGUGUGCACAAUGGCAACCUUGACACUUGGUGAUCGUUUUUGGUGGCUCCGCGCCGCGGAGAUCGCACGUUCGUCCAGCGGCAUCGCGUAGCGGGUGAAAGCGACGACGGCGGGCGCGCCUCGAGCAGCAGGAGCAGGAGAGAAUCCGGUCACGUGUGCGUGGACAUUGACGUCGAGAGCCGCAGCGAGGGAUGCGAUUUUCCCAAGUUCGUUCGCGAGUGACAAAGAGAGACAGAUAGAGAACGGGAAAGAGAGAAAGAGAGAGACAGAGAGAAGAGCCGGCAGUGACACGACUGCCGCGCGCAGCCAUGUAGCCCGCGCGGCACGGCAGGAGAAGAGACGAUUACACACAGUGCGUCGUUGCGUUGUGCACGCGCGCGUGAAUCGACGGGAAUGCCGCAGUGAAGUGAACAACCAUCGCAGAACGUAACGCGAUUCUUGUGCACGUUCUACAUCCAACUUGUUCUAACGUUCAUCUGUCACCUGUGAGGAUAUACGCAAAAACAAGGCAGAAUGGCACAAAUGGAGCAGCAAUUACCGCUUCCAAUGCCAGAUUUAAGUACCCUACGUAUAACCACAGCCGUCUCCAUGCUUGGCAAAGCAUACGGAUGUGGCCAAUGCAGCGCACCCCCACCUGGGCCGUCAACGAGCGGUGGUUCUGUUGGGGCAGCUGGAGCAGCUGCUAGCAGUGUCGCAGCUCCUAGUUCCAUGGGGCUUGUACCCGCACAACAGCCACACCCUCCUCAAGCAUCAGAACUGCCAACGUUUACAUGCCCUCGGAGACCAAAUAUAGGACGAGAAGGUAGACCGAUUGGCUUGAGAGCCAAUCACUUCCAAAUUACUAUGCCACGCGGCUAUGUACAUCACUAUGACAUUAAUAUACAACCUGACAAAUGCCCUCGGAAAGUUAAUAGAGAAAUCAUAGAGACUAUGGUUCAUGCAUAUACUAAAAUAUUUGGAACUCUCAAGCCUGUGUUUGAUGGCAGAAAUAACUUGUACACAAGGGACCCCUUGCCCAUUGGUAGUGAUAAAUUAGAAUUAGAGGUCACACUGCCUGGUGAGGGUAAAGACAGAGUUUUUAGAGUGGUUAUAAAGUGGUUGGCGCAGGUUUCAUUAUUUGCUUUAGAAGAGGCUCUUGAAGGACGUACUAGACAAAUUCCGUAUGACGCUAUACUCGCUUUAGACGUUGUAAUGAGGCAUUUACCAUCUAUGACAUACACUCCAGUAGGUAGAUCGUUCUUUAGUACUCCGGAUGGGUACUAUCAUCCAUUAGGUGGGGGCAGAGAGGUAUGGUUCGGAUUCCAUCAGUCGGUGAGACCGUCACAAUGGAAGAUGAUGUUAAAUAUCGAUGUUUCUGCCACCGCUUUCUACAAAGCACAACCGGUCAUAGAAUUUAUGUGCGAGGUAUUAGAUAUACGAGAUAUCAACGAACAGAGGAAACCACUAACGGAUUCUCAGAGAGUGAAAUUUACCAAAGAAAUAAAGGGUCUCAAGAUCGAGAUAACUCACUGCGGAGCUAUGAAACGAAAAUACAGAGUGUGCAAUGUUACACGUAAACCAGCCCAAAUGCAAUCAUUUCCGCUGCAACUGGAAAAUGGGCAGACAGUCGAGUGUACGGUUGCCAAAUACUUCUUAGACAAAUACAAAAUGAAGUUGCGCUUCCCACAUCUUCCCUGCUUGCAAGUUGGCCAAGAACACAAACACACGUAUCUGCCACUCGAGGUUUGCAAUAUCGUUGCCGGACAACGUUGCAUUAAGAAGUUGACCGACAUGCAGACUUCGACUAUGAUCAAGGCAACCGCACGUUCUGCGCCAGAUCGUGAACGAGAAAUCAACAAUCUGGUUAGAAGGGCUGAUUUCAACAACGACUCUUACGUACAAGAAUUUGGGCUGACUAUAUCGAAUAAUAUGAUGGAAGUCAGAGGUCGUGUUCUACCUCCGCCCAAACUGCAGUACGGAGGGCGCGUAAGUUCCCUCAGUGGACAGACGAAGCAGCAAGCGAUGCCUAAUCAAGGCGUAUGGGAUAUGCGCGGCAAGCAAUUCUUCACCGGAGUGGAGAUCAGAGUGUGGGCGAUCGCUUGCUUUGCGCCACAGAGAACGGUGCGCGAAGACGCGUUACGCUCGUUUACGACGCAACUUCAGAAAAUUAGCAAUGACGCCGGCAUGCCUAUCAUCGGGCAGCCAUGCUUUUGUAAAUACGCCACCGGACCAGAUCAAGUUGAACCCAUGUUUAGAUACUUGAAAUCAACUUUCCAAGCGUUGCAGCUAGUUUGCGUUGUACUACCAGGCAAAACUCCUGUUUAUGCCGAGGUGAAAAGAGUAGGAGAUACAUUGUUGGGUAUGGCAACUCAAUGCGUACAGGCGAAAAAUGUUAACAAGACUUCACCGCAGACGUUAUCUAAUCUCUGUCUUAAGAUAAAUGUCAAAUUAGGAGGCAUCAAUAGCAUCUUAGUACCUAGCAUAAGACCGAAAGUGUUUAACGAACCAGUUAUAUUUCUUGGGGCCGACGUAACUCAUCCUCCAGCCGGCGACAACAAGAAACCCAGCAUAGCCGCUGUGGUGGGUAGUAUGGACGCUCACCCAUCUCGAUAUGCAGCAACCGUCAGAGUUCAACAGCAUAGACAAGAGAUUAUCCAGGAACUUAGUUCGAUGGUUAGGGAAUUGCUUGUAAUGUUCUACAAGAGUACAGGUGGAUACAAACCACAUAGGAUAAUUUUAUAUCGCGACGGUGUCUCCGAGGGUCAAUUCCUUCACGUUCUACAACACGAAUUAACUGCCAUUCGUGAGGCAUGUAUCAAACUCGAGGCUGACUACAGACCUGGCAUAACGUUCAUCGUGGUGCAGAAGCGACAUCACACACGUCUGUUCUGUGCAGAUAAAAAAGAACAAAGCGGCAAGAGUGGUAAUAUCCCGGCGGGCACAACUGUUGACGUGUGUAUAACUCAUCCAACGGAAUUCGACUUUUACCUGUGCAGUCAUCAGGGUAUCCAAGGCACAUCAAGACCGUCACACUAUCAUGUUCUUUGGGAUGAUAAUCAUUUCGAGAGUGACGAGUUGCAGUGUCUCACAUACCAACUGUGUCACACUUAUGUUAGAUGCACAAGAUCCGUCAGUAUACCAGCGCCGGCAUAUUACGCUCAUCUCGUAGCAUUCCGGGCCAGGUAUCACUUGGUCGAGAAAGAGCACGACAGUGGAGAAGGAUCUCAUCAGUCGGGCUGCAGCGAGGACAGGACGCCCGGUGCGAUGGCACGGGCAAUCACAGUUCACGCCGACACAAAACGAGUUAUGUAUUUCGCAUAAUUCUGUUUUUUCUACGUUGAGUCGAGCCACUCUCACGGGCAGUUGUCGGUCUUCAUCGCGAGGGAAGAACCUCAACGUACCGCAAUGGUGGCUCAGUGAUGAAUUUGCCGGGAAACUUCAUGGGGCAGCGCGGAUCCAGUGGCAGCCGCGCGCGCGACUACCAGUGGUAGCGUGUCGCAUCACAAAUUCUUUAGACUACUUAUCAACGGUUAGGGCAAUUCUCUCGAGUGGUCAGUUUUUUUUUUUCGUGUACUCUCCGUCUUUUAUUUUCCCUUUUUUUUUUUUUACUUUCCCGUUUUAAUUCGUAAGAAAUCCGCGCGACAAUUCGGGUCGAAUUAUGUAUCUACACGCAUUCGUUUUAUCCACAUACGUAGAGAUAAUGGUGAAUUUUCGAUGAACUUUCUGAAUGUUGUAUAAAUCGAGUUUUUACGAGAGGUGCUCUAAGUUAAUCAUGUUUUUUUUUAGAUUAGAUUAAGGACGUUUUGCAGCUUGACUGGUGGAAAAUCGUUGAUCUUUUAGUCAAACUAACACAAAAUAUUGGUAGACUUUAACUAUAUUAUAGACUAAAGGAUACAUAAAUCAGCUGCAAUGCGCAUGUUAUUACGCUUAUUUUACCUUUUCUAAGAGAAUUAACUUCUCUUGGCAUUUGUGCACAAAAAUGCAAAGAAGAACGUUUUUACGCAAAGCCAUAUGGAGUCACGAUUAUACAUAUAUCUAUAUAUAUAUGUAUGAAUAGUAUGAAUAGUUCGCUGUUCGCGAAACUAUAGUACUUUGUUGCUUGAGUAUAAUUAUUGUUUCUCGUGCCGAACGAGAAUAAUUUACAUUCUGUGAAUUUUAGAUUUCUAAUUAUACUGAUUAUACCAAUAGAUUGGCAUAAAACAAUCGUCCCACAUAAGAAUGUUUCUGAUUGUGUGAUUGUUCUAUAUUGAGAUAGUACUUUUGGUAUGUGUACAUGAUAACUAGAUUAUUACUGCUGGUCAUUUGUAUUAUCUAUAGUAAAUUCAUGGGUAGAAUUUAUCAAUAAAAAGAAAGAAAAGAAAGGGCGACCAGGUCAAGCUGCAAAUUGUCGAUGAGUAAAAUGCGACCGAGUCGAAGUGAACUGUAAACCGUACUAAAUGCCAAGGAAACUAAGCGAAUGGCCAAAGUAAGUUAGGGAUCUGUUAGAAUAAAUCAUCGUCCAAUAGAACACUUGACUAUGAAUAAGCUGGACAGCUGGUUACGUGAUGCCUUUUAGAACUUAAAUCACGUCGUGCCACACUGCUCUGCUGCUACAUAAUUCCCUGCUGUAAUACCGUUAUCUUUUAUACAACGCACUUUUAAUCAGUCUAAAUCUAAUGUCAUUUUGAGAUAAUUCCGAAGUUAAUUCUUACAAGACCGACGGAAUAACACCAUUGCGUGGGCACGCCUUGAAAUAAUCGGUGUAUAGUGAGUAAGAAGGAACAUAUAACCUUUGUAUGGAGAGAGAGAAAGAAAGAAACACAUAUAUUAGUGAUGUAAUUGAAGUGUUAUAUACAAUGUGUCUGGUAAUUUAAGGUAUAACGCUCGUGUGUAGGUACAAUGCAUCUAAUUGGACAGAACUCUUGUACCAUUUUGCAAAUUUUGCAAUAAUUAACUCUUUAAUAACUAUUGCGAAAUUUACAAAAUUGUGCAUCAUUUUUCUGUUUGGCUUGAUCCUUUCUACUUCCAUACGAUUAUUGUGCCUUGAAUUGUCAGACAUCCUGUAUAUAUGUGUAUAUAUAUAAAUAUAUAUAUAGAAAGUGAAUUAUAAUUCCGUAGCGUUAAACUGUGGUUAAAGUGUUGAAGUUUUAAUGCAAAUUAAGCAACACAAACACACACACAUCAUUUUUUAUAAUUUAAUACAUUACUGCACUCCGCCUCUCCCUCGCCACUUUUAUCUUGUUUGGGGUCUCGUUAGGAUGUACAUUUUAUUCUACUCAUUUUAGUUUCUUAUUACGCGUUAUCGUACUGUACGUUGCACACAGCUCAUUCUCUACGCUUACGUCAACUAUCAAUGACGCUCAGAAUUAGCAUAGCAUCUUAUUUGUGUUACAACGCGUAUUAUACACGCAAGAAUAUCGAGGAUGAAAGUAAAUUAAAGGUGGAGUUCGUGUUUGGUGUCUGAAACGGUCGAAGUGUUGUUUGUUUAGACAAAAGAUAGCUAUGAGAAUGCACAUCAUGGCAUUAGAUCUGGGCUGAUAACAACAUCCUUUUAAAACAAAGAAACUCAGUGCAAAAACGAUUAAUGCAAAUAAUGCCGAAAUAUUAAAACGAUGCCGAAAAAAAUGACGAGGAAUGACAAUGUUCACAAUAUAAGUAGUAUAUUCAACCGAUAGUUGAGUGAUACUAUAGAACAUAUGAUAAUAGGAUGCGCAGCAUAAAGUAAGCUAUGUUUUAUUCGACGUAUGCGGCGAAAAUUUUAAAGCUCUCGUAUUUUUACUCUAUAUAACAGCGUCGUCUGAUAGCGACUCCUCAUGGCAGGUGUCUAUCUCGGAUGACAGAAAUCUAUUUAAAUAAUCCUGUUGUACAAUAACUAUUACAGGACGAGUCUUACGAGCCUUGCAAGUGUAUUACAAUAUAAGUACGUGAUUAGAUUAUCUAGAUAGAGGAUGUAGCGUAUAAUUAUUAUCGGUAUUAAUUAUCGAUAUUAAUUAUCGAUCACGACAUAAAAGCCGAUUAUCGACUAUUAUUAAUGUUAGAAUCAUUAAUAUACCAAGAUUCUCUUCUUGUACAAUUAACGCAAGCGAGUUCAGGUGGAAUUUUUUUCCGUUGCAAUAAACCAUGAUUUGUAGAUCAGUAUUAAAGAACGAUGCGUUCUACCGAGAAAAGAAGAGAAUUCUCCGGGGGUACCAUUUUUGCCGAAUCACCAAUGAUUAUUCACCGAAGUUCACGGGAAUGUUUACUGUCGAUUGUAUUAAUGAUUCUAAUAUAUUAGGUCUACAAGUGAUAUACAAUGUUAACAUUAUCUCAGAAAGUAUGAAGAGGACCUUCUAUCUUUAAUAUAUUUAUUCUAGUUGUAUAAAUUUAAGUCCGUACUCUGUACAGACUAGGGCUUUGACUUACAACGUGUCCCCCGUGAGAAACAUUUAGGUUACCAGGUUAAUGAAUACUUGGAAAUUAGGUGAAGAGCAUAUAACUUUCGGCAUCUGUGUGACCGACCGAACAGCCACUUAAUCUUAGCUGUAAUAGUAGGGCAACCUGUAAUUUGUAUUGAAACAUAAGAGUAUCUGUAAUAGUCGUAAGAAGAAUUCAUGAACAUAGCAGGUAUUGACCCCUUACAGCAAAUAUAUGUGUAGUAACAUAUAUAAAACAAAGUACGUAACAUAUAAAGCCGGUGGCAUAUAAUAAGAAAGAAAACAAAAGAGAGAGAGAGAAAAAAAAAGAAAGAUUAUUAUUCGCGUUGUUGAAAAAAAAAAAAGAGAUACAAUUACACGUACCAAAUGUCUUAGCGCCGGGGAAAGACAAAAAUAAAAUAUUAGUAAAUUAUGCAUCAUGAAUCGUAACGAGGCCAUACAGAUCUAUAAAAAUAAUAUUCAUAUACAUGUACAUAUGUAUCGCGCAAAGCGCGAUAAAUGAAUAUUUCUAAAAAUAUUGAUAAUAGACAAAAAACAAAUCUUCAUAUCUUCUAGGCGCAUUUAUUUUUUUUUUUUUAUAAAAUCGUCGAAGAGAAUUCUAAGUUUUACUUUUUACUUAAAAAAAAAAAUAUAUAUAUAUAUAUUAUCCAAAUUUAUUCUAAAAUUAUUGUUUUACAUUUUUAAAUAUAGAAUGUAAUAUAUUUUUCCUUAUAUAAAUAAAUUUUUCUCGUCAAUCUGCAUAUGAAAACAAGAAGAUAAAGUGAAUAUUUCACGAGAUAUAUUUCUAGAUAUAUUUCUUAUAUUUCUAGAUAUUCUGACACAAAAGACAAAAUAUAUCUUGAAUAUUUGCUAUUCGUUGACUUUACUUUCAUACUUUUACAUUCAAAAUAAAGAAUCAAUUAAUAUUCAUGUUCUUUGCAUCCAUAUAAAAAUCGCGAUGCGCAGCUGCAUACUUUUUCUCUUUUUUAGUAAUAUAUGGUCUGUUCUUUUUAGCUGCACUGCUGAACUGUGCAAUAAGUUACAAUGAGACAAAUAUAUUUUUUCUCACUCUAACUUGUUGCACUGGUUUAGCUGCAGUGCAGCUAAAAAGAACAGAGCAAUAGUUAUGUCGCUAUCAACAUCGGUGAAUAAAACCUCGACAUUUAAUGUACGUCAUCUGUCAUCAAUAUUUCUAGAGAUGCUCGCCUAUCGCGCUUUACGUGCCUUAUCUUGCGUUUAGGUUUUAAGGUAAAUCAUGUUAUAAUGAACAGAUGAUAUAUAAUUGGCAGGAGAAUGGCUACCAAAAUGAGACGAGGAAUUAUGCAUGCUGCCUACCUCGUUUUGAGAUUAAGAGAAUAGGAACGUAUUGCUAUGCAAGGUUAUCUCGAGUGUUACGCACUUUUUUUCUUGGUCGUGAAUUGCUCGAUAUGACCACAGGAUUGUGAUAAUUUUUCCGGCAAAUGUUUUGUGAAAGUCUUUUGAAAACUUGCAAGCCCGUUAUAGCUUUACAUCGCUUGAACACUAAGAUUAUCAUUUUAUAAUCGAGUCUUUCAUCAAAUAUUCGUUAAGGAAACACCAACAACUCACAGAUUCGCUGGGGAACUUACGACCAGGAGAAACCGCGCAUUUUGGGUUAUAAUGUGUAUGUUCAAAUCUUUUGUGCUAAGUUUUUUAUUCUACAUAUUUUUUAGCUCUGCGAAAUAAAUAUAACAGGAUUUAUGUUUCGGUAAUUAAUAUAUAAAGCUUGUUAAAAAUUAUAUCUAUUAUAAAAUCGCAUGUGUUAGAUAUUGUGUAUUUAUAUUCGGGACGCCCUUUUAAAGUAGAGGAACGAUGGCGACGUGAAAAGAGAAUAGGCAAGUUUUAUCAGACCAUGGCAUUAUAGUUAAUCGCGAAAUUACUAUAAAUGAUGUAUAAAAAGAGCAUAAAUUAUCAGGAUUCGGAGAACUUUAAUACACAGAAAGCAUCAUAAUAAUUAACUUUCUUCCACAUAUUGUAUCAUAUUUUAAUGUAAGAAAAAUAAUUUAUAUUUGUAUAUCUGUAUACAUUCGCACACGCAUACACGUACACACACAUACACAUAUACUCAAGCGUACUUUUUCAAAUUGAAUUUUAAAACGUGAGUGAAGAAAAUCUCAUUCACUAACGCGAAUCUAUAUGUCAAUAUACAAUAUUAUAGAAUGUUGUACUCCUCUACAAUAAUUUGCUAGCCACUCGUAUUUUACAGAGCUUUACGAAUUAUAGAUAUAUGUAUAAAAAAUCACACACACACACACAUACACAAUCCCACAUACUAAGCUUUAUUGAUAAUAAGUUAUUUUACUUCGAAAGGACAUGUGUGUAUAUCUACUUUCGAUAUCGCUGUAUAAUAAUAAGCAACAACCGACACUUGAACAAAAUCGUGGAUUUUGUUUAACUGUUGUCAUUGAUGCUACCAAUUCUACAAUGUUACUUUUGCAAUCGUGCACAUUAUAUCACAUUUUGUUAUUAAUAUAAAUUUGUGAAAUCAUAUCUACCUUGUUUUCUCUCGUAUGCAUGAUACAUGCAUACGUUAAGCUUUUGCGAAAUCAACAGGACAUAGGAUAGGAUAAUCAUACAUUAUUAAGAAAGUUGUUAGAUUAACCAAUUUUUUACCUGCAUUACGUCGAUAAGCUUUGACAGUUGAAAAAGUGAAAAAUGGAGUUAUAAUUACUAACGAGUCAAUAUAUCGAUGAAUACCGGCUCUGUUGUAUUAUUCGCGGCGCAAAAAUAAUCAAAUAUGUUUUAGAGGCGAGUUACAUUAAGUGAGCACAUGUCGAGUAAAUGUCUUUAAUAAGUACCUUUUUUUAUCAUUUACAUAUGAAUACAUAUAACAAGUAAUAACGGGUAAUAUACGAAUCGAAAGUAGAGGAUACCGAAGUCCUUUCGAAUUUACUCGAUGCUGCGAAUAUCGAUGGACCAGUGAGCAGGAAAACUGACAGUGAAAGCUUUCUGAGAGGAUCAGGGAUGUUCAUUAUUGCCUGAUCUGGCUCCGGCUUUGACGCCGCGUUCUUCACGGAUUUGUUCUCGACGUUUCGUGAACAUUCCACUUCACUUGUCCAGGAGGCUUCUUCACUAGAGGGACUAUCUCAGGUUUCAGGUUUCAGGUCACACUGAAGAAGUGAACUGGAAUGUUCACGAAACGUCGAGAACGAAUCCGCAAGGAACGCGGCAUCAACUUGGGGAAGCCAGAUAAUUUCAUCAUAACGCGGGAAUCUAAAGUAUCAGAUGUUCAUUAUUGUAAGUUUGCUACUAUUUAAGCCUCGUGCGGCACAUCACGCUCGCGAAACACAGGUAAAAUCGAAUGUAUCUCAAAGUGUCAGCUUUAAAAGUGCCAGAGCCCUAUGUGCGAACGAUCGAUAAUGGAGCUUUAUGAUAAUUAACACGGCACCAGCUUUCGAGUAGUCAUAAAAGAUAUGUAGUCUUUAAGGGCUCCGUAGGUUAAUGUUGUAAUCGCGUCUGUUUCAUUUCUGUUUUCUUCGAGCGUCUACAUGAAUUAUUAUUAUGCUGUAACGACCAAUGAGUUAUAGUUUCACGAGUGAGUCCGCUUGAGAUAUAACGUGGGUUAAUUUGUUCGUCCCGACGGAAACGACGGCAGUACCAGUACUGUACAUACAUACGACCGUGAGAAGUCGGUACCGAGCUAUAAUUAGUGAUUCCGCACGUUGUUCGUGACGCUUUAAAUAGGUUUAAGUGAAAGCGAAAUUCAUGAUCAAAACGUAGGACCGAUCGUCGUCUCUCAUCAGCCGAAUUUCAGCCGAGUCUUAAUCUGAGGCUGAGGAGUCGUACGAUUUGCCUUUUACGCAAUGUGUGUAAAAUAUUCGACAAUAUCUCGCUCUGCCACUGAUCUUGAAAUCUCCCUCCGGCUUCCCGAAAGUUGUUACGCGUUUCAAGCACGAUUUCGCCGGACUUGUCGAUAUGCCGUUUUCGUGCUUCAAACGUGCGCUAGAGCAUUGUAAGCACCAAUCAGCGCUAAUAAGUAAGAGAACCGAUCGCAGAGAAGCGAAGGGAUAAGAGGAAACAGACGAUCGUUCGAUGGGUAUUUACAUUUUAGCGAUUUUGCGCAUACUGUUUGAUGUCUCCGAACGCGUAAUCCAAAAAUAGCUAGAUAAGAAAUAGAAAUAUUGAACAAGCAAUCCCACCUUUCGUUAAAAGAGACGUCAAUGAGGCAUUAACUGAAUUUGUUCUCAUUAUAGUCCAACAUCGACGCGUGUUUCGCAUUUUCAUUGCAAUCAUAUCAAUCGCGCGUGUAAAUCCACGAUAUCCGUUAAUUUAAGCCGCCGACCGAAAAAUUCAUCUAGGAUAUGUGAUCACAGCGACGAGUUGGGUGUCAAAUGAGCACGUUUCUGCGAUUGCCAUUUCCUUCUUGUUGUACCGAAAUGAAAUGCAUAGCUGACAAAGUGAGCGUGAGCAUCGCAAGUGAUCGAAAUUACGCUCGAGUGGUACCAAUUUACGCUUAAGAUUGGUGAAGACUUCAAAGAGACGGUAUUCUUUGUGUUAUAAUUGAAAUGCGCGGCAUUAUUUUUUAUUUAUGUUUUUUUUUCAUUUGCGUAUUCUUUAUUUGCAUCACAGUGUAUUAUCCUAUGUCUAUCGAUAUGACUUGUACGUAAUAUAUUUUGGGGAUAUUGAAUCAAAGUGUUUCAGUUAUAAAGCACUGUAAUUUCUUUCAUCACAUGAGACGAAAGGAGAUAUACUUAGUAAACAACUAGCAGUAACGUCACAUCAAUGCUAUAAUUUUCCACUCAAUAAUGUAAGUGCAAUACAACAUGUUGUAUAUAUAACACAGUUAAGUGGGAAAUUAUAUCAUUCAUGCAAUAUUACUGUUGAUUGAUUUAUACUGAAUGCUCAAAUAAUUUCCAUACUAUCUGGUAAUCUCCGUGAACAUUGAAAUAUCGUGAAUUAACACAUCGUACUUCAAUUUUAAGAUUGGAAUUGAAUAGCGGAUUCUGGCGAUUCUUUGCGAUUCAAAAACUGCGGGUAAUAAAAUUUAGAGAUCACCUAUAAUGUGUAAGAACAUUUUCGCAGUUCACGGUUAAAAAUUCACAGUAAUAAGUAUCUGAAGUUUCCAAAAGAUUAGAAAGGAAAAGAAAGAGCACAGACGAUUUGAAAAUAAGUUAAAGAGCUUAGUACAACAGUCACCUGAUUUUUUUUUAAGAACUUGAGAAAAUAAAUCUGAAUGUAAUUUCUCAGGUUCUUAAGAGUAGGAGAAAAUUAUGUUUCGCUCCAAUAUAAACUCCGUGCGGAUAGUAAUAAACUGGUUAUCCUUUUAAUCUUGAGAAGGAAUUAAAAUUGAAUUUAUAUCUAAUUUUUUCAAGGAAAAGAAAUGCGGAUGGAUCACUGUUGCACUGAGCAUCUCAGUUAAGCCCUCAUUAAGAUGAUUAACGUUCACGUGUUCAGCUAAUAUUCAUACAAAUCAUACAUGCUAAUACUAUACAAGAUAGUACAUACCACAGAGUUGCAUAGAGAAAGAUACAAAGUUACACAAGAUUCUGGCUCAUAGAUACAAGUGCAUAGAUAGUACAGGAGAAAUGAAAGAAAGAGAGGGAGAGAGAACGCGACAUUUUCAAGAACCCAUCGCACAAUAUCCAAAACAAACCACAAAGAAUCUCCGAGAGCAAUGGUAAAAUUCGCUAUAUGAAAUUUCUAUAUUUACUCCAUUCAAGUGCCUGGCGCCUUAUCCGCGCGUAUUACACGAUAUUAACCCCCGAUACGAUUUCUGAAAUUCUAAAAAGUAUUCCAAGCGAGCGAGAGUUUGAAUAUGGUGUAAGAGAGAGAGAAAGAGAAGGAAGAUAAGGAGGGAGGAAAGAGAGAGAGAGCGAAAGAUAGAAUGAAUGAGUGAAAAAGUACCUCAACUAUUACGUUGAUAUCAUCGUGAAAUAUCGAAAGGUGUGCCGCUGAAACGUGUAUGUUGUGUGUCUCGGAGCACGGUUGAUAAUAAUUAAUUCAUUAAGCAAUCGAUUAAGUCGAACAUGUAUAAUAUACUUGUUAAGGGGUGAAUCGGCGAGUUUCCUAGCGUUCCCCGUGAACAUGUUUGAGGAACCGACUGGCCGGUGCACUGAAAGUAAACAUUUAAUUACAUCCAAUUAUUAUAUCCAUUGAGGGUCUGAUCAUCUAGCGACAAAUGCCUGGGAAAAGAGAAGGUCGUUAUUAGUUAUAAGGAUAUAUAUAUAUAUAUAUAUAUAUAUAUAUAUAUAUAUAUAUACACAUACAUACAUAUGCGUAUAUACAUAAGUAUAUACAUAGAUAAACGUGUAUACAUAGGUAUAGCCGUGUGUACAGGGUGGGGCGAUUAAACAACACUUGAACAUGCGCCCCCUCUACUCUUUAAGAUUGAGGAAAAUAUCUCGCGGAAAGGCUCGCUCCCAAAAAUUAUGCUUUAUUCAACAUUUAUCCCCUAGAGUCACAGGACUUUCCCCCGGAUAUUUUCUUCCUCCGGCUGGAGACACUUCAGGAAAAUCAAUCGAUUAUAAGGGAAAAUCUGUAUGAUCACAAAUACAGUAUUCUCAGUUUAAAGCAAAUAACUUUAUCAUUAACACUCGUUCCCCAAAACGAUGAUGAAUACGUUAUUCCAAUAUCUCUGUCAAAAUAUUAAAUCUGUCGAAUUAAUCCGUUGUAUCAUUUUAGGCGAUAAACUUUGAUGUAUAUGUGUGUGUGUGUACGUGUGUAUGCGUGUGUGCGUGCGUGUAUAAAAUUCACCCUGUAUACAUAUAUAUUCAUAAAUGUCGGAUAAAUAACUGUGGGAAAAGGGGGGAGUAAUUAAUAAAAUAAAAUCCGGUGUGUAAAAUGUAUGUGUGUAUGUCGUUAAUCACGGUUUUUCGUCGACACGACAGCCGAGGUCGGGAAUAGCGGACUUUCGCGCGAGAUUAAUGCUAUCGGACGAUCACUGUUCUUGAUUCGAGCAAUUGCACAAGCCGAGCACGAUGCGUGUUUUACAAACGAUAUAUAUGCGUUAAAUAAUCGAUAACGACAAUGCCGUCGUGACAAGCGUCGUCGGCGCCGGUGGGAUAGUACGAUCAGGGCACAUAUUAUGGAACUCCUUGGAACCGAUUGGAAUAAUUCCGUUUUCCCUAGGAAAGACAAUAGAAAUCUAGCGAAUAACGUAAAUAUUCCGCUCGAAAUCGAUUCUGAAGAAAUUCGUAAUACGUAUCCUAAAGAAGCAGUUGCGGCGCACUGCGAACAAUUACGUACGCUCUGUACACUGUAUAUAAAUUGAACGAUGUUUAUACCCAUCGAAAAGAUAGCUGUGAGUUAUAUGUUAGGUGCUGAUGAAAUUUCGUCGAAUUUUAUAAUUUCAUUGACGCGCACAAUGAUAUUAGAAAUGAGUCUUGUCACGGAAAGUGGCGAACAGCAAUGACACUUCAAUGCACUCAUAUGCGAUUUUGUUACUAUCGAUGAAAUAAGUACAACUGAAAAAUUCGACGAACUUUCGCAAGCACCGCUAUUCAUCUGAAUUCUGCGACUUUUUUCGAACCGUUGAUAGCAACUACCGAAGUUAAAGUACGUGUUGAAUUUUUUAAAUAGAAUAUCAUUAAGUCAGAUAUCAUCAAAUCGAAUAUCACGCGUGAAUCGAUUUAGUUUUAUAAAACUUCGCGUAAACGAUCGAUUAAAAAAUAUGAAAAGAAGAAGCAGCCAAACAGUUCACGAGAUCGGUUAUAUUUCGAAAUCAAUUUCGAAGUGUUAAGGGGAUGCCAUACUUGAAAACUUCACCGACAAAAUACUGACUUUUUUCCGCAAACUUUUGUGUCAUAUUGGUUUCAUAGAAUUAUAAAUGCUUCUACACAAUAAAAGUACGUACAAAAAUGAAUUGGAGCAUUAAAGCAAUAUGCGACGAAAACGAUAAGAAAUCUCGAAAGAAUCAAAUUGAUAUCUUGAGCUGCCACUUAGCGUAAAUAUUUGCCUGAUACAAAAAUUCUGCAGCUUGUAAAUAUCGAACGUAUGCGUUUGCCCCGCUCAGAAAAAUUUUCAAGAACACUACUAUACAACUGAACUUUACAACUGUAUCUUUACAACUGAACUGAAAAGUUCAGUUCAGUUUCGAAAUAUACGAAAAGUUUGCAGAAAAAAAGAUUUCUAUACAUGCGUGGUUAGAUUUUCCGCUAAAUAUACAAAAAAACGCACAUUUAUAUAAGGUUUAUAUAUAGGAUAAAUUCGAGAAGAAUAACGUAAUUGUGCACGCAAAAAAAUAUCGGUUUAUGUAACUGAAUGGGGAUCAGACAAAAAACUCGCUGACCAGAAGCAAUAUUUCUGUCACUGUUACCGAAAACGUUCGUCUGAAUAUUCAGCUACAUUGAAACUCGAUUGAGGUGACUGAAAGAAACUGGCUGAGUAGGAACCUCGUACAGGAAUCUUUCUUUUUCUAUAUGGAGGGAAUUUUAUAGUAAACAUUAUUAUAUAGUAACAUUAUUAUAUUGUAAACAUUAUUAUAUAGUUAAAAGGAAUAGAUCGAUAUUCUGUCGUAUUCUUCCAUGUCAUACGUACCGCUUAUAUUUUAAACUUAAAAUAUAAGCUAAAAUACCUUAUGAAAAAAAUUGCCAUAUUUCUAGAGAACUUCACUAUAUUCUUCCAGUAAGAUGGACCAUUGUUGACAGUCUAUUCUUGGAUUUCUAAAAACAUAGUAAAACUGUGAAAGGAAUUUAUAUUCCUCGAAAAGAAACUAUAAUAUUCUCUCCCAGGUAACAGAAAAUUCAGUUGCAAUAACGGAGUUAGUUUUGCAUAUAGCGGUGGCGGCAUACGGUUAGUGGCGAUCACUUCUAUGUUACCGAUAUUUUUCGAGUUUGUUAUCCAUCUUUUGGCAUCUCCUUAAAUAAUAGCCGAGAUCACACGGUGUCACUUUCUGAACCAACGCACGCUCGCUCACUCACACUUGCGUGACAUCUUAAUGAUUUAACUUACUGUCAUACAUGUGUCAAAAAUCGCUGUUAUAUCGCUGCGAAUGGAAUCGAUAUCGUUUUCAAUUGUAAUGAUCGUUUCAUCACUCUUCGGCGGUAUUUGUUACAUACUUAUUAGGCGUGUUAUUUUUAAGGUCACCUAGUGAGACGUGAGACUCGUCGUUUAAAAGAUAAUCGUUUUAUAUUGUUGCGUAUUCAAAAAAAUGUAUUCAAAAAAAUGUUUCGUCUUAUUCCAUACCUAUAAUGCCGCGAUUAUACGCGGCGCGAGCUGCAAUUGCGUUCGCGGCGCGAAUUUGGAGUCGCAAGAAAAAGUCAUGAUCGAUCUCUCGCGAACUAUGCGUUUCCGCUUUGGCGCACUUUCACGUGAAUGGUGACAAAGCUUCACUGUCGAGAGGUUUUUUUAGCCUCUCUCCACGUAGAGAUUCGUACGCAAUUCUGCUGUGCAUUAAUUGUAAAUUAAAGACAAGAAUUAUGAACUAUAAAUAUUAGUUUGUGUAUCGUUCUACGAGAUUACGGGCCGAUUUGUCCAACCUCUCGGUAAGCUAGGCAACAGUUAAAUCCUGUACGCCUGCCUUUGACUAAUUUUAAGGAAAAAAAAACAAAGAUAGAAACAUGAUUUAACUGUUAGUUGACAUAUCAAGAAGUUGCGCAAAAA